AACGUUUUUUUUUCACCACACAAACAACUGUUUUAAGGGCUAGUUUUAAGUAUUUGUUUUGCUCAUUUUUGUACAAGUUCCGCAUUUUCCGCGUGAUUAUUCGGUCAGACCACAUACAUCUUUAAAUAUGGCACCGAAACUCCUUGGAUUUCCCAUUUCACACGUCAUGUGGUCACGUGAGUAUGACGUGAGCAACGCACACGAUGAGCCUUCACCGUGCUUGUGUUUGACAAGAAACUGUUUAGAAAAUAAUAAAAGCUAAAGUAAUGUGAGUUAAAUAACGUAUUUAUUUAAUUAUUAUUUUAUUAUUUCUUUUUAGUAAAAUAAUUCUACAUGUUUGCUGCGCAAGUUUAACAUUAUAGCAGUUUCAGCCAGAUCGCAAAACAUCUUUAAGUCUAUUUCAAAUCAGUGUGACCUAAAUGAAGAAAAAAAAACGAAAAAAUUUUUAAAAUGACGAAUUUCUACUAUUCGUUCUAACAUUCAAGGGAGUAUAAAAAAAACUCGGGGUGCCUGUGGCUUAAGGCUCAAUUCGAGAUAAAAAAACAAUUUCCCGCUGUGACGUCAUAUGUUGACCUCCAACAGUGACAUACAGGGUAAGAAGGGGACGAGCGAGAGGCGGAGCUUGUUCUUGUUUGUGACCAAUGAGAGGGCAGGUAUCAACAGGUGAGACGCAAACAUUCAGAGGAGCAGAGAACUGAAGGACGGAGGAGCUUCAGUUCAGACAGGCAGUAUUUUGACAUGACGGGAAGUACAGCAGCCUGGCCCAUUCUGUCGCUGAUCCGGAUCAUCUGAACCCGGAUUUCAUUCUCCAGUGUGACUGGAACGGAAAAAAACUUUUUCACUGCCCACGUCAGGACCGAUAGACCGUUUCCCUCAGGAAGAGGUGGAUUUGAAGAAGGACUUAUCCCCUCCGGGAGUUUCGCUGCGUCGACGUUUCGCACCAUGAUCAGCUCAGAGGGCCUACGUCCGACGUCCAGCGGCGGCAGGAAGCCGCCUGGGAAGCUCGCUUCUCGGCUCGAGGAGGUGAAGAACCCGUGGAGACAGGUGUCCACGCUGGAGCUAAGCCACAACGAGGCGGCGCGCUUGGCUACGGACGCGCUCCUGGAACAUGGGGAAAAGGAAUACCGGCGGGUGCUGACAGAGGAGCGAGAGCUAAACUUCCUGUCUCCUCUGGAGAUUCGAUACAUCACUCAGUACGCCGCUGCCAAGAACAACGGCUUCGAGAGCAACGGAACUGGAGCCGCUGCGGAGAAGGACUUUGGCGACGGUGACGCCGUGUCCGAGCUCACCUCUGGGACUUAUUUCCCCAUGAUGUCUGACGAGGAGCCGCCGAUGCUAGAGCUAGGCUGGCCGGAGUCACCGACCAGAUACGGCCCCUCAGAGACCCAGAUCUACUUCCAGAGGGACAAGAGCCACAACGUCAAAGACCUAAUCAGGUCAUUGAUUAACAAAGCUAAGAAGGUCAUCGCCGUAGUCAUGGACCUGUUCACAGAUGUCGACCUGCUCUGUGAUCUCAUGGAGGCAUCUAACAAGCGACGAGUCCCAGUCUACAUUCUGCUAGAUGAGAAAAAGCUCAGCUAUUUCUCUGACAUGUGCUCAACACUUGAUAUCCAAAACUCACACCUCAGUAAUAUGCGUAUCCGCAGUGUUUGUGGUGACACUUACUGCACCAAAAGUGGCAAGAAAUUCACUGGUCAAGUCCUGGAAAAGUUCAUGAUUAUCGACUGUGAAGAGGUCCUUGCGGGGUCGUACAGUUUUACCUGGCUGUCAAGUCAGGUUCACAGCAACAUGGUGAUGCAUUUCUCUGGCCGCAUCACCGACAGUUUUGACCGGGAGUUUCGCUGCCUCUACGCUGACUCACAAAUCAUCGACUGCUUCUACAACCCAGAGGAGGAAGGACUGCCUUACUAUCCAUCCUAUCAGGCCAUAAUGAUGCCCGGUAUAGGCAUGGGGCUCGGUCCUGUCAUGGGGCUCGAUCUACUCGCCGACAGCAAGCAGAGGGACAGGGUGUGUUCAGAGAAUUCCAGCAGCCAAUCGAGUGACAGCGUCUCCAGUGUGAAGGCAGCUCCUGGAAUGAGCUCUAACACCGUCUACAAGGUCACCCACAACAAAAAGGAGAGCAGUAACUCUCACCUUAGCCCAGAGCGGAGAGGUGUUGGCGGGGGUGGUGACCAAUCAGGAGGACAUGUCCCAACACCAACAUCACGUAUUAAUGCUAAUGGCACAAGCAGUGCCAUUCAACCCCCUGAGCGGCCUCAGCCACCCACUUACGGGCAGCCAAUGGGCAUUGAGUGGAACAAACCUAUUGCAGCAGACGUCAUGAGGGCAAACAUCAGUGGGACGACCUCCAAGUUUCAGGCACUGGGAUUGUAUGACCACAAGCCAAGUAUGUUCCACGGAAACCCCAGUUCAAACCUAAACGCAAGAACACAGGCACCUUCCCCAGUGAAUGAGGGCAAACUCACCUCCAAACACAGGACUUCCUCUAACCAGUUGCUCAAUAAACUGUCAGACCUCUUCCUGCCGCCCUCCACCAAGGACAAAGAGGCCAACAACUUCUGGAGAUCACAAUCCCCUCAAUGUCCUUCACCCUGGGGUGGACCAGACCUCUCUCAGUCUGAACCUGAAAGCCAACAGAGCCCACCUCCCCCACCUGCUCCGGCUGAGGUGUGGAGCCGUCAGGACCAAAAGCGAAUGACUCUGGGCCACAGCAAACUGGACCUGGUGAAUCAGUACAACAAGAUGAAAUCCAAGCAGGUGUACAGUCGCUUUGAGCUAAAGAGCACAAAUUCAUGACAGGGGCUCCUCUUCCUUUAAUUGUAGAUUGAAUUUUUUGUUUUUUUACAAAAGAAAACUGCAUUUAAAAUUCAAAGUUCAUCUACGUAUGUGGUUCACAAUGGCUCCAGAAGUCUUCUGUUUGUUCUUGAAACCAAUGAGCCUCAUAAUUGUUUGGGGGCUUAGCACAGCAUUAGUAGCACUAAGGCAUCCAACAUACCAUAGUAACUUAUUUCUGCAAAAUGACAGAAUUCAAAAAGAUCUUAUGACAUCAACUAAAAAAAAAAAUCUAGAAUUGAUUUCUGUCUGACCAAUUAUAAUAUAAAAUGGAUAAAAAUGAAACAAUGGUUUGUGCAGUGUGACAUGUUCAGGAAGUAGACCGCAGUUCAAACACUGUUUGUCUAAACGUGCAGCCAUCAGCAGAAGGCACUCUCAGGGAUGCUCGACUUUUGUCUUCUUUGCCCACUUGUAAAAGAAACGGUUUAACUUUAAAAUGUUUUCCCGUUUACAAAGCAAGUUGACAAUCUUUCACAUAUGCAUGCAACAUACAAUACAAAAAAAAAAAAAAAAAGCAAUAUUUUCAGUCUAGUAAGUCUCUUGAGGUGAAUGUUUCUGUUGAACUCAAAAUAAAUAAGGUUCAGUUUUGCUCUCUGAACAUUAGUCCUGGUGUGCUUGUGCACACUGCUCGUUUAGAUUUGACACACUAUUCUUCCAGCCAUAAAACAGCAACACAAAAACAUCUACAAACUGUAUCUUGUUAUUCAGUUUCCAAGCCCAAAAUACAAAACUGAACUGCUUAGCUCUGUAAGGUGGCUCACCAAUUAUAAAUGCCUCUGUGGCUGCACACAAAGAACAGACUGCUUCUUACAUUGACUCCAAUCUAGCAUGAAACACAAACGUCUUCAUUUUAUCCUGUGCGUCUGUUCUAAUAAAUGAGUAGCAACAACAACAUUACAUCCCUUGCAGUAAUUAUAAAAUGUAAAUUUCCUGACUUUUUUAUUUCCCACAAAUAGAUGGGAAGCUCAAAUCUUGAGGCAGAAUGUUGGAAGAACUUCCAAAUAACCUUUAGAACGGGUCCUCUUAUUCUGCCUUCUGGUUUAGAAACACUUGUGAGAAGAAGCAAAUCAUGAAAUCUCCUUUUAAAUUUGUUUAAACAUAAUACUGUAAUAUAAUUAAACCAGUGUUGGAAUGUGUAACUAAAUCAGGGUGUGUCCUACUCAACUGACUAGCUAACCAACAACACGACGACAGAGUCUUCUGGUACUUCCACAACCACAGAGCUCUUACAAACAUUCUUUGAAAUGCUUUGGGUGUAAAGCAGUAUUUAUAUUUUCAUAAUCCAAUAUUGAACAGCCAGAUGCCUCUAAAAAACUUAAUCUGAAUAAGUCACAGAAGUGUUGCAUUAAUCCUGAUGUUCUGAUGGUGUAACAUCUUUAAGGGUAAAGUUGUUUUGUUUUUUUUGACAUUUUUAUGUAGGGCAGAACCGAAGCGCGAGCACAUAGCUUGUUGUUUAAGGGAACAGGCUUGUUAUUGGGUGGAUGGGUUAACUGCAGAUUCAUUUCUCCAUAUGGGAU